ACAAUGUAAACAGAAGUGCGGAAAGUGGAGUGGAGGGCACAUUCAAGGGCUCCUCCGGUACAUUAGUCAUUUCAUCCGUGCAGGCGGUUUACGUCUUACGUCGCAAAAAAACCUUUAAGCGAUGACGCGCAGAGUAGGACUUUUGUGCGACUAUAAAAGAAGAAAUCAGAUGGCGGAGCGUCACCUGCGCGUCUGGAUAAAACGCGAACAGCGAUGCGUAAAAGCGCGCAGUGCCAACAAAAUGCGCGGACUAACGUGAUUCCGGUAAUGUGAACGGCGCUGGAUUGAGAGGUCCCCCUCCUUUGUUCGAGCAGAUGCGGGUCUGACGUGUUCCCGGGGGAUUUUCAGUCGUGGUUCAAACCCCGUGUGGUGUCGGUCUGAGUCUCUCUCUCUCUCUCUCUCUCUCUCUCUCUCUCUCUCUCUCUCUCUCUCUCUCUCUCUCUCUCUCUCUCUCUCUCUCUCUCUCUCUCUCUCUCAAUGCUGCUAUGGCCUCCUGCAUGCGUCAAUACUGUGACCCUCUUCCCAUGCUGCUGCUCCUCUCAGCGCGGCUCCUGAUCGUGAGGUCUGAUUCGGCAGAUAACUGUUGCUCAUCCACUCUCAUCGCCACAUGUGAAGACUGUCUGAAAUGCGGCCCUGAGUGCGCCUGGUGCUCUCAAGAGAGGUUUCUGGAUGGGGCGCAUGUAAGCCAGAGGUGUGGAUCUGUUUCCGACCUGCGAGUCAGGGGUUGCGAGUUGGACUUUAUUGAGAACCCAAAUGUGAAAGUGGAGGUAAACGCCACCAUCAGCAGCUCACAGGUGGCUCCCAGAGAGAUUACCAUCCACCUACGACCAGGGAGCGAGGCAAGCUUUGUGAUAGAGGUACAGCAGUUAGAAUGGUACCCAGUGGAUCUGUACUAUCUAGUGGACGUCUCAGCCUCCAUGCGGGAUAACUUGGACCGAUUGAAGACUGUGGGUCUGGCUCUGUCUCACCAAAUGAAAGACCAUUCCAGAGAUUUUAGAGUUGGUUUUGGGUCUUUUGUGGAUAAACCGGUGUCUCCAUACAUCGAUGUGCACCCCUCAAAACUGCUUAACCCUUGCAGUGAUUAUGACGUGCUCUGCAGGCCUGUUCAUGGUUUCAUCCAUGUCCUCCCCAUCACGAAGAACAUGACAGAGUUCACGCGUGUCAUUCAGGAGCAGAGGAUCUCUGUGAACCUGGAUACACCUGAAGGCGGAUUCGAUGCCAUGCUGCAGGCAACCGUUUGCAAGAAGGACAUUGGAUGGCGACCAGAAGCCAAACAUCUGCUAUUGGUUAUGACAGACCAGCCUUCUCAUCUGGCAUUGGACAGUAAACUGGCCGGUAUUGUGGUACCACAUGACGGGCGCUGCCACCUAGAGGACAAUAUCUACACACAGACCACUACCAUGGAACAUCCAACGAUUGGUCAACUGGCAGAUAAACUUCUAGAGAACAACAUAAACUCCAUAUUUGCGGUGGACCAGAAGCAAUUUCAGUGGUAUGAGGAUCUCUUAGACUUGAUUCCAGGAAGUUAUGUGGGUCGACUGUUCCCAAAAUCAUCGAAUCUUAAAGAUUUAGUGCUGCACGCCUACAAGAAGCUGCUAUCUGAUGUGGAAUUGCAGACCAGGGUGGAGGACAGCCAAGCUCACCGGUUUCGGGUGAACGUAACAGCUUUUUGCCCCAACGGAUCCUCUGUUUUUGGAAACACUAAAUGUUCCAGCGUUCAGCCCAAACAAACAGUCUUCUUCAAGGUCACGGUCGGCAUGACCUCUUGUCCGGCAGAUGGUGCAAAUCAGGAGGUGCUGAUUACAUUGAGGCCUGUCGGAUUUAACGAGUCUGUUACCGUACGGGUCCAACAGAUGUGUGGGUGUACCUGCACGGAGAAGGGCCUUUGUUACGAUGACCUGAAUGCCUCGCCUUGCUCUGCAGAGACGGGCACGAGUUCAAUGGAUGACUGUAGAGAGGAUGGAACCAAACCGAUCUGCAGCGGAAGAGGCACUUGUCGAUGCGGGACGUGUGUGUGUGAUUCUAGCAGACUCGGGACCAUCUACGGAAAGUUCUGUGAGAUGGACGACUUGUCGUGUCCGUACAAGAGAGGCCUGGUGUGUGGAGGGCACGGGCGGUGUGUUUCAGGUGAAUGUGUGUGCAUCCCCGGCUGGACGGGUGAGACCUGCGACUGUCCCGGGUCCACAGAAACCUGCGUGUCAGACGACGGAUUGAUUUGCGGUGGUCAGGGAAAGUGUGUGUGUGGCAAGUGUGUGUGUGAUGAGCCCCAAUGCUUCGGAACGUUCUGUGAGAAGUGUCCCGUCAGCUACAGUUCCUGUCAAUCACACUGGACUUGUGUGAACUGUCAUCUGACUAAUGGACUUGGAUCAGAUGGUUUUCAGCUUUGUAAUCGCAGCUGCUCCUCAUUGGUGGAUUAUGUCGAUGACAUCACAGAGUUGGUGAAAGGGUACUGCCUGUAUCCCAGCACGGAUAAGUGUCAGUACCGCUUUCGCAUGGAUUUGGCAUCAGAUCGGCCUCAGCUGCACAUUAACAGACAUCCUGUGUGUGUUUGGAGUCGCCGUUCCUUUAAGAUGUUCCUCAGUGUUUUCCUCCUGACGGUGAUGUUGGGUAUCUGCAUGCUGGCCGGAGUCAGACAACUACUGAGAACUAGAAACUGUUUGUGGCCGACAAACCCCAACCAACAGUUUGAAGGAAGCCAAAAGGAUUCAGCAUACGUCCCCACGACCAAUGAAAAAACAAUAACAUACCGGGGGGACCCCCUCCCAAACCACCCGGUGGAAAUGCAGUCACACGUGCCCAAGAUGCCACUGAGGGACGCCUGGCAGUAACGGGGGUCAAAGGUCACUCCAGAAAUGCCUCCCAGACAGAAGCACUACCUAAAUGAAAACGCGAUUUCCAAAGCACGCACUUUGCGAGAGCAACAUCCUGUGUGGUUUUGCUAGGACGUUUUUCCACGUUGAGUUGUAUAAUUUAUUAUGUUGAACGGCAUUACAUUUCUGUCGUCCUGACUCCACGCAGGAGGUGAAUUAAAAGAGAGACGGUACGUAAACAUACAUAUACAGUAUACGUGAACGAACCUCACUGAUAUGGUUUCGACACAUUCACCUCAAAACACUCUUGGCCAUUAACCUCCAAUAAUGUCUGUAUUUUAGAUUACAGUUACUGUAUCUUUGUGUUUGUGUACGUGUGCGAGAGUGUGUUUGUGAUAUUUGUAUUUGUUUUAUUUUUAGUUGGCAAUACACUACAGACUAGCUAUGCUUGGGAUAGCAUAUUUCCAUACUAGCAUACUGCCAGUGUAUACUUCUGUGUACAUUGAACACAAUGGAAUAGCAUUUCCUGUUUGACAAAUGAACAGGAAGUGCUAUCAACUAUGAUUUUAAUCCCUUUUUUUUUAUCGUUAUUGGGUUGGGCUCCAAAAAGUACAUGUUUUAUAGUUUUAAUGUAUGUUUAAAUAACAUUUAAAAUAAUUUAAUCUUACCUAAAAUUGGAAUUAAAAAUGCUAAAUAGUCUUUUUUAUUACCAAAAUGUUCCCGUGACAACAAUUUAUCACACUGCUGUUUGAAACAUUUAUCAGAGCAUACUGUUUUACAUGCUGUUUUUUUAAAUGGUAUACAGUAUGCUGUGCAGCACGCAGUAUGCUUCUGUUCCACUCCGAACAUUUAUAUUUCUGAGAUGACUUGAUGUCACUCGCUGAAUUAAUCAUGCAACACGUUAGGCGUUUAUUGCUGCAUACUACAUACUUUUUCAUAUACUGUUAUAAAGCAUAGUAUGCCUAAGCAUCAGUCUGUCGUGCUAACUAAUAUUAGUAUGCCACCUAGUGUUCAUAGUGUGCAUAAUCAUUCCUAGCAACUUUCUGAAUAGCAGUGGGAUUUAUAUAUGUAUAUAUAUAUAUAUAUAUAUAUACAGUUAAGAUGGUUUUUGAUGCAUUUGGAUUGUUUUUAUUGUCUUAUUAACAGAGUAUUGAAGCACAGAUCACAAAUAUGAAUUAAAGGUACAUUACAGAAUAAUUGCUCAGCACUUUUCCAUGCUCAAAUUAUGCUGUAAUUUUUUAUAAACCCCUAGUUUUAAGGAUAUAUGUUAUAAUGAUUUGCCUGCUGUUCUGUAUUUAUAUCUGUUGUUGUGUACUACUGAUGCUCAGUUCUGUUCCAGCUCUAAAUACUGGACGAGCCCAAUGAUGCAGCGAGUAAUGCUACCUACCUCUGUGGUCACCAUAACAUGUGUUUUACCACAAUGUUUACAUCAAGCUAACACUAAACAAAUAUUUAGUUUUUUGCUUGUUUUUUUAGUUUAUUAUUAUUAUUAUUAUUAUUUAGACAUAAAUAAUAUGUUGAAUAUUUUGUAUAGUGUGAACAACAACUGGUAAAAGCAAUACGGUGUUGGCACAUGUAGGUUGUGAAAUUGGCAUUGCGCUACAUUUUGGAUGUACUUGGAUAAAUCACAGGUCUCACAUCAACCCUGAAUCUUGUUUUGGUCUGAUUUCAUUCAUAAAAAUUCUACAUUUCAAUAAA